CAGCCUUGGAAAAUUUGGCGUAAGUCUAGAAUACCAACGGUUUAGUAAUAGGUAAUACAACAUUAAUUUUUUUCAAUUUACGCCAGCAUCCGCCAACCCCUCUCAUAAAGUCUCAUAAAUCAACGCAUACAGGUGAUUUUGCUGCUGCACAUUGUUUUAAUUGUGAAAAAGUAAAAAAGCCGACAUUUGUCAACAAAAAAAUAAAGGACUCGGCGCAUUGCUGCAUAGCGUAAGGCGUUAUGGCUUCUUCGUCCAAUCCAAGUCUGAGUGGAUCCAACAUAGGAGCCAAUAACGACAAAAACACAAAUAUUUCCGGAUCGGGAAAAUCCUCAGCCAGCAACAAUAAAAUGACUGUGGCAUCUAUUCAGAAGGCCUUCCAUGACAUUAUUAUAGAUCCUACAAGUUUAGAUGAGGCUGCACUAUAUUUAUAUCAAUCACUGCUUGACGAUGCUGUGGUGGGUGUGUUCCUGGAAGUACAUCAUUUACAUAAGACUGGUAAUCUAGAAGCACUCGAUGGUGUUCCCGAAGAAGGUACGGAUGCAUCCUAUCGCAUCGUCGAUAUGCCAAACUAUGACAUUUUCGGCAUUUCAUCAGUUAAGAAACUAAUGGAUUGCACUUGUCCCAACUGUGAUAGGCCAGUGUCAGCGUCCCGCUUUGCGCCACACUUGGAGAAAUGCAUGGGCAUGGGACGUAAUUCGUCACGUAUUGCCAGUCGGCGUUUAGCUACUAAGGAGGGUACAAGCGCCAGUUCCUCAUCAUCGUCAUCGUAUCUGCAGACUACUGUUGGAACGGAUGACGAGGACGAUAUUGACUGGUCAUCGGAGAAACGCCGAAAGAAGACUAAUCAGAGUAACCGAAACAAUGGUUCUAAGAAAAAUAAUGGCAAAUCAUUCUAGACGUUGGGGAUAAACUGUAAGAGUAUACAAUUUACCAUUUCAUCUCGCAUUCAUUCUAAGUGCAGUAGAAAUUUUGAUUUACAUUAGUAUAUGCACUGAAUAUUGAUUCCCUGGUGGUUAUGAGCGCAUGUACGUACUAUGUAACCAUGUAUAAAUGCAACCUGAAGUAAAACCUGCGCUAAAAGAUUCCAUUUAUAGUGUAAAAUACAUGUUUUUUUUCUUAAAUGCCUUGUAUACAUUCUACUAAUUUAUUCAAGAUAUUAAAUAAAUAAAUUGUGAGAAACGGAACUGCCGACAAUGUGAAUAAAAAAAUGUUUAACUCUGCGGGUAUGGGACUUUAAUAUUAAACCUAAUCAUAGGCUUGUUAUGGAUCCUCUAACAGGACCUUUUAAUGAUCGUCU